AUGCACCUCUCACUCUCCCACCACCUUUUCUUCACCUCUAUUCCUUCCACCCACAAAUCCACCACCAAAACUCCUAUUUCAUGCAACGUUCUACUCAAUCCGUUGAAGAAGUCACUUCCAUCGCCAGCGCCGCCGUUCUCCCCAACCAAAUUCUCACCGGAAUACGUUCCGCCGCCAUCGCUAGGCCCCAUUCAGAAACUAGCGGCGGCGGCCCUCGACAUGGUAGAGAACUCAAUCUUGAUUAAAUUAGAAAAGAAUAAGAAUUUGAACCCGAUGAUUGACCCGGCGGUUCAACUCCAAGGAAACUACGCCCCGGUCCAAGAGGUCCCGGUCCAGACCGGCUUGGAAGUCACCGGCACCAUCCCUAGAAGCAUCCGAGGCGUCUACCUCCGAAAUGGCGGCAACACGCUAUUCCCACCGACUGGCGGCCACCACUUCUUCGACGGCGACGGCAUGAUCCACGCCGUCACACUGAAGGGUGGAGAAUCCGCCAGCUAUGCAUGUCGGUUCACUAAAACGAACCGGCUCCUUGCAGAAGCCAGUUUGGGGAAACCAUUUUUCCCCAAACCAAUUGGUGAGCUGCAGGGCCGGCUUGGCCUGGCCAGGCUGGGCCUUUUCUACGCCCGGACCGCGAUUGGUCUAGCCGAUUCAGGUGGUGGCAUGGGCGUGGCAAACGUGGCGUUGACAUACUUCAACGGCCGGCUCCUAGCUAUGUCGGAGGACGACCUCCCCUACGCCGUUCGAAUUAGGCCGGACGGCGAUCUGGAGACGACCGGACGGUAUGAUUUCGAUGGGCAAUUGAGAAAUUCCAUGAUUGCCCAUCCUAAGGUGGACCCCGCCACAGGGGAUCUAUACUCACUGAGCUACAACGUAAUUUCGCAGCCCCACCUUAAAUUCUUAAAAUUCGACAAAAAUGGCAAAAUGACACGUGAGGUGGGGAUUUCCCUCCAACAGCCGACCAUGAUUCAUGACUUUGCGAUGACGCAAAGUCAUGUGGUCAUCCCUGAUCAUCAGAUGGUUUUCAAACUAUCUGAGAUGAUCCAGGGUGGAUUGCCAGUGGUCCACGACCCUGAUAAAGUCUCCAGAUUCGGUGUCAUGUCAAAGAUUGCCAACCACGAAUCUAUGAUACAAUGGAUUGAUGUACCUGAUUGUUUCUGUUUUCAUAUCUGGAAUGCUUGGGAGGAAGUCGAUGAUCACGGGCACAGGGUCAUCGUUGUUAUAAAUUCGUGUUUGACACCAAUGGAAUCUCUAUAUUUUUCCGAUAGCAAUAAUCCAUUGAAGGCUGAAUUAUCCGAGGUACGAUUGAAUUUGGAUACGGGUAGGUCGACUAGAAGGGUUAUCGUUUCUGGUAUAAAUUUGGAGGGCGGGCAAGUUGAUAAGCACCAUUUGGGUAAAAGAACUCGUUACGUAUACUUAGCUAUUGCGGAGCCAUGGCCUAAAUGUAGCGGCAUUGCUAAGGUCGACUUGGACACGGGGGACGUGGCCAAGUACUUGUAUGGGAGUCGAAAGUUUGGGGGCGAAGUGUGUUUUGUGCCAAACGAGGAUGAGGACGAGGACGAGGAAGAAGGGUUUUUGAUGAGUUUCUUGAGAGAUGAGGAGAGAGAAAAGUCUGAGUUAGUGAUUUUGAAAGCUUCAACAAUGACUCAAGUUGCUUCAGUCAAGAUUCCAUCGCGAGUGCCAUAUGGUUUCCAUGGCACAUUUAUUAGUGCUCAAGAGCUAGCCAAACAGUCAUUGUUUUAG